AUGGCAUACUUAUCAAGCAGCACCCCUCAAAAUGGCCACCGCACGCAAGCCAUGUGCGCGACCUGCCAGCAUAAUGGAGCUGAGACCAUCCAGCGCCACCUGACCUACUCCAGGGCCGUACCGGCUGACUACAUAGAGAUCAGCAGUGGUGACUAUGAAGAGAGUGGGAACAAAGCGGGGAAGCAAGCAACCGCUACCACCUGCACAAAACAGCCCAUGAAGAGUAAGGCAGUCAGACCCAGAUACCGCAGCCAAGCUACACGACCUGCACUCAGCCUCCUUCAUUGGAUCACCACCUGUCUGGUCCAAGCGGAACAGACAGCACGCUACAACUUGCCAAUCUCAUGGAUUGGGCCUAUACAAGAUCUUCAGCUUACUUCAACAAGCGGUAUCUCUUGA